CCCCUUUUCCCCAAAAUUACACACCCUUUUUUCUCUCUCCUUUUGUUCACCCGCCGUAACCUAGCGGCGCACCGCCGUUACAUAGUCGGAUCUCCGGCUAAAUCUAUCCAUAUCUAUAUCUAUCCUUCCCUCGUUCCCUUCAACAAAAGCAAAAAAAAAAAACAUAUUUAAAAACCUUUAUAAAAAAAUUUAUAUAAAAAAAAAUAUUCAGGGUUUGUUAAGUUACUAUCUGGGGUUUGAUCUUUAUAUAUAAAGUUUCAAGAUUUAUAAUAAGAAGGGAAGAGGGAAGUUAUAAAAUCCAAAAAAAAACUGAAAAAUCUUGAAAAAACUUAAAUUUUAUUUUAGGGUUUUGAAAUGGCGGCGCAAGUUGUGACUCAGCAACAACAACAACAACCAGGUCAAGCAGUCAACAAUGGUGGCGGUGCUGGACAGCCGCAGUUUGUGCCGACAUCAUUGUAUGUUGGAGAUUUGGAAGUGAAUGUGACAGAUUCACAGCUGUAUGAGCUGUUUAAUCAGCUGGGUCAAGUUGUUUCUGUGAGGGUUUGUAGAGAUUUGUCUACCAGAAGGUCCCUUGGUUAUGGCUAUGUUAACUAUGUCAACCCUCAAGAUGCUGGAAGGGCUAUUGAGGUGCUCAACUUCACACCUCUGAAUGGAAAGGCAAUAAGGAUCAUGUAUUCUCACCGUGAUCCCAGUGUUCGCAAAAGUGGUUCUGGAAAUAUUUUUAUUAAGAAUUUGGAUAAAGCGAUUGACCAGAAAGCACUUCAUGACACUUUUUCAACAUUUGGAAAUAUCCUCUCUUGCAAGAUUGCUACUGACUCAACUGGUCAGUCAAAGGGGUACGGGUUUGUGCAGUUUGAAGCUGAGGAGUCUGCACAACAAGCUAUCGAGAAGCUCAAUGGCAUGCUCCUGAAUGACAAACAAGUCUAUGUGGGUCCUUUCCUACGAAAGCAAGAAAGGGACAUGGCGUCUGACAAGACUAAAUUUACUAAUGUCUUUGUUAAAAAUCUCUCUGAAGCAACAACUGACGACGAUUUAAACAAGGCAUUUAGUGAAUAUGGAACAAUCACUAGUGCUGUUGUAAUGAGGGAUGCCGAGGGUAACUCUAAAUGCUUUGGAUUUGUUAACUUUGAGAAUGCUGAUGAUGCUGCGAAAGCUGUAGAUGGUCUGAACGGGCAAAAGUUUGAUGACAAAGAGUGGUAUGUUGGAAAAGCCCAGAAGAAGAAUGAAAGGGAGCAAGAGUUAAAACAAAAGUUUGAGCAAACAAUGAAGGAGGCUGUGGACAAAUCGCAGGGGCUGAACCUGUACAUAAAGAAUUUAGAUGAUACUAUUUCUGAUGAAAGCCUCAGGGAAUUGUUUGCUCCUUUUGGUAACAUAACUUCCUGCAAGGUUAUGCGAGAUCCUAAUGGUACUAGCAAAGGCUCUGGUUUUGUUGCCUUUUCAACUUCCGAGGAAGCUUCUAGAGCACUUAUGGAGUUGAACGGAAAGAUGAUUGCCAGCAAACCUCUUUAUGUAGCUGUUGCGCAACGCAAAGAAGAUAGAAGGGCACGAUUGCAGGCACAGUUUUCCCAGAUGCGCCCAAUUGCAAUGGCCCCUGCCGGAGCUCCUCGUAUGCCAAUGUACCCCCCUGGUGGUCCUGGUCUAGGUCAACAAAUGUUUUAUGGUCAAGCUCAGCCUACUUUCAUCCCUCCUCAACCUGGUUUCGGUUAUCAGCAGCAACUUGUUCCUGGGAUGAGGCCUGGUGGAGGGCCAAUGCCAAACUUUUUCAUGCCAAUGGCUCCUCCAGGCCAGCAGGGGCAGCGUCCAGGCGGCAGGCGUGCUGGUAUUCCUGGUCAACAGAAUCAGCAACAGCCCAUUCCCAUUAUGCAGCAGCAGAUGAUUCCAAGAGGGGGCAGAGUGUAUCGUUACCCACCUGGUCGAAAUGUUGGUGAUGUGUCAAUGGGUUCUGUUCCAUAUGAUAUUGGGAACGGUAUGCAGUUGCGUGAUGCUGGAAUCUCACAGCCAAUUCCAAUUGGUGCUUUGGCUUCUGCUCUUGCAAAUGCUUCUCCAACGGAGCAAAGGACAAUGUUGGGUGAAAAUCUGUACCCACUAGUGGAACAGCUGGAAGCUGAAGCAGCUGCAAAGGUGACAGGAAUGCUUUUAGAGAUGGAUCAGACAGAGGUUCUUCACUUGCUCGAAUCUCCAGAUGCCCUCAAGGCAAAGGUUGCGGAGGCCAUGGAGGUUCUCAGGAACGUCUCUCAACAGCAACAGGCCGGUGGCCCUGCUGACCAACUUGCUGCAUUGUCAUUGAAUGAUGGCAUUGUUUCUUAAAGACAAAGGAGGCGUUUAGUCAGAAGAUUUCAUAUUAUGCUAGUUUCAUUAAAGCUGGAUUUUUUGUUUUUGAAGAUUGUUGACCUUCGUCUGCUUUUUGUGGUGUUACAUUAACUGUUACGUGUGGUUGAAACCGAUACUUAUUUAUGAGUUACUUUAUUUUUUCUGUU